GCAGGAAAUGCAAAGUGGACCACGAUGAGCGAGGACGUCGACAAGCACGUCUUGCGGAAGUACCACGUUUGCCAGAAGCUCGGCAAGGGUGCUUAUGGAAUCGUCUGGAAAGCGUUUGAUAGGAAGACCAACGAUGUUGUUGCUCUCAAAAAGAUAUUUGACGCGUUUCAAAACUCGACUGAUGCUCAGAGGACCUUUCGCGAGGUGAUGUUUCUUCAGGAGAUCAACGAUCAUGAGAACGUCAUCAAGUUGACAAACGUUCUCAAAGCGGAAAAUGACCGUGACUUGUACCUAGUGUUUGAGUACAUGGAAACGGAUUUGCAUGCUGUUAUAAGAGCCAAUAUUCUCGAGGACGUACAUAAACAAUACAUCAUGUAUCAACUCUUUAAAUCUUUGAAGUAUUUGCACAGCGCAGGGCUGCUGCAUCGCGAUAUCAAGCCAAGCAAUCUACUUUUGGAUUCGGAUUGCCGAUGCAAGCUUGCAGAUUUUGGUUUGGCACGAUCGGUUGCCCAAUUGAAAGAUGACAUGGGACAAGCGCAAGUGCUAACAGACUAUGUUGCUACUCGAUGGUAUAGAGCACCCGAAAUUCUUCUUGGUUCCACAAACUACACCUUUGGAGUGGACAUGUGGUCGAGUGGCUGCAUUCUUGGCGAGUUGUUGAACGGGAAGCCUGUUUUUCCAGGGGCAUCGACUAUGAACCAAAUUGAAAAAGUUCUGGAUCUAAUAGGAAAACCGGCUUCGGACGACAUAGCAGCUUUCGAAUCGCCAUUUGCUGCAGCUAUGAUUGAGAACAUGGCUAUAACUGGCCCCAGAUCAUUUAGAAAAGCUUUCCCCAGCGCCACUGCUGAAGCUGCGGACCUACUACGCAAAUUGCUACACUUUAAUCCUCAGAAGAGGCUUACAGCGGAGCAAGCAUUGCAACAUCCAUACGUAGCUCAAUUUCACAACCCUCGUGAGGAGCCAUCGUGCAAUCGAUUGAUCAGGAUUCCCAUUGACGACAAUCACAAAUUCACGAUCCACGAGUAUCGGGAAAGGCUAUACGCCGAAAUCAUCAGCCGGAAGAAAGAGAUCAGGAAGAAGGCUCGAGAGCGAGAACGGAGCCUCCACAGAGAGAUGUCAAGAAUGCAAUCGAGACGCUCGUCUUACCAUCCCAGAGCAAGCUAGAACUUCGCGAAACUUACACCAAGUGCCUGUCGCGGAGGAACCCCACUCCUUACUUCAUCGAGAAUGGAAAGAGUGGAUCAAUCGCUCGAAGUAGAGAGUGGGGUUCUGUCCGUGACAGAAACUUGGUAUGUCACGCAUUGCUUGCCACUGAGAUCUGCGUAGAAAAGCACGCAAAGAGUUAAAGAGAUCUUUCGUUAGCUCCAAA